GGGUCCCAAGGUUGAUACUUUUGUUCAAUAAUCCUAGUACCUUAUCUACAGGUAUAGAAUAUUAUAUAGAUAUACCAAUUGCCUGAUAUACAAAUACCUCACCAGUACAUUAUUUACAGAUAAAUAUUAUAAAGAGGAUACCUCUGCCUCACACACACAGCCUCCUUCCAGAAGUUCCAGUACUUUAUCCUCGAGUAGCAGCUAGAUCCCUUGCAGCAAAAGGACCAGUGAACUCACAGAAGCCAUGUGACUGCAGUGACCUCACCUCUUCUGUCCUUUAACCGGACUGGAUCUAGCUACUACCAGGGGAUGGCAAUAUGCAGAAAUUUUACCUCCUGAAGCAGAUAGCAGAACAGUUCCUGAGUCAGGCCCUGGGCAUCAUCUGCCUGCUGACCGGAGAGGAAUACACCAUUGUGAAGAAGAGGCUCUCCCACAGCAGCGUUCAACAGCUGAGCGGAGAGGUGCCUAUAAAGUGUGAUGAUGUUGCUGUGUAUUUCUCUAUGGAGGAGUGGGAGUAUAUAGAGGGACACAAGGAGCUUUACAAGGACGUCAUGAUGGAGACUCACCAAGCACUAAGGACUAAGGAGACCCCAGGAAAUGAGAACUCAGAACUAACAGGUCACAGAGAUGAAAAUCUAGACACAGGAGCACAUAGAGAACUUGUACAGAAUAUUCAGCCAGUGGAGACCCCAUCAGACGUCUCUGCAGAUCUAACAGGUCACAGUGAUGAAAAUCUAGACACAGGAGCACAAGGAGACCUACAGAAUAUUCAGCCAUCAGAUGUCUCUGCAAAUGACAUUAAUACUGACGUAGAUGUUAAAACAGAAGAUCUGAGUGUAACGUGUCAGCUGGAAGCUCCAAUGCAGGAAUUGUGUGACAGUGACAAUGAAGAACAAACAGAAGAUCAGGGGCUAGCAAAUAUGCCAGAAGCUGCAAAGCAGGAAAUAUCUGACAAUAUAAGUACAGGUGAAAAAGAUGCUAAGAUUUCAUGUAACAUGGAACACAUAGAAGAUCAGUGGCUAAGAAAUAUAACAGAAGAUGCAGAGCAGGAAAUAUGUGACAAUAUAAAUUCAGGUGAAAAUGAUGCUAAGAUUUCAUGUAUCAUGGGACAAACAAAAGAUCAGUGGCUAAGAAAUGUCCAACCAUCAGAGCAGGAAAUGUGUGCCAAUAUAAGUACAGCAACUAGUCACAUCAGAUUCAAGUUAGUCUUUAGUGAGGAGAGUGUUGUAUUUCUGGACACAGUUGUGUCAAAGUGUAAAUCAGGUCUAACUGUGGACCUUCAUAGGAAAGAUUUAGAGUGA